AUGGCUGAACCGAACUACUACGAGCUUCUCGGAGUUGCGCAGGGCGCCACGCUGCAAGAGAUCCGGGCAGAGUUUCGCAAGAAGGUCUUGGCGGAGCAUCCAGACAAGGGUGGCGAUCCAAAAAAGUUUCAGCUCUUGAACAAGGCCUACAACGUUCUGACGGACCAGGACAAGCGACGCCGCUAUGAUGCUACCGGACGAACUGACAGGACUGCAGAAGAAGAGUUUGCAGAGUCCUUUGGUGGUGGCCGCCUGUCAAAAGAGCAGCGGCCAAAGGAUGCAGAUGAAAGAGCCGUCGUCAACAUGGAGGAGCGUAUUUCCAAGGGCCCACAGGGUGAGCACGAGGAAGGUUUCCAAGAGUGGCUGCGACAGCGUGAUCAGCAGGAAAUGGUCAUGACAGACAAGGACUUCAUGAAAACAGCCCUUUUCAAUGCAGCAGAGAUGACAGCGCAAGUGAGACAUUCUGGCUUGGUGCAACAUGUUUUGGGAUCGCCCAAGACGGAUGCCUAUGGCCAAACCUUGGGAGGAGCCGUCCAAGUGCAGUCAAAGCCAAAAGCGGUCAAGAAAACCGUGGACCACGAUGAACUUUUGGUAAGAAUGCUGGCAGUCCCUGUGGAUGACUCCAUGGUGUACGCCGAGUUGAACAAGAGUGGCGUUUGCUUGGGGAUGACCGGCGUUGGAAGGAUUGAGCAGAAGGGGGCUCGCUGUGGAGCGGAGCUCAAGGAGGAGGAUACGGUUCUCAUUUUGCCAAAGCCGACAAAAUUCUCUUCUCAGAGGCCGAUUGGCACAGCACGCACAUUGCUUCACUGCAACGAAGAGGACGUGAUCCGCAUUCCAGCAGAAGUCUUGGAGGAGCUGACCUCAGAGCAGAUUUGUUUGGCUCCGACGAUUGUUUGUGCCUAUUUGCUGCUCGAGAUCUUCGGUGCAAAGCUUAAGCCGGGUGACUCCGUCUUGCUCAACGCAGCCCACCUCAGUGCCGCAGGAUCCUCUUUGUUGCAGCUCUGCAAGCUGUUGAAGUUGAAGCCUUUGUGUUUGCUUCCUCUUCCGGGAGCUCCCAAGCACUUGGUGAAGGGCGAGUAUGGUUCCAAGAGCGCUUGGCAGGAUGCUGAGACCCGUUCGCAGCCGCCGAAAAACGUUCAAACUCAAUACGAACGCAUCAGCGAGUGGCUGAUGACUAUGGGCGCUGAAGAAGUUUUCCCGGAUGCAGUUGCCCUGCUGCGCUGGCGCGACCGCAACCAGCGCAUGCUGCCCAAGCUGGCCUUGGAUGGCAUUGCCACAAGAGACUCUGCUGAGCAGCUGAUUCACUGUUUGCAGCCAGGUGAUAAGGAUGCCCAAAUGGUUGUUUAUGGUCACGGAGUUGCACAGCCUAUUGAGAUUGCCCCACCUCUGCUGGCGGCAUGGGGUGGAAGCCUUAUUGGCUUUAAUAUUGCGCGAUGGGUCCAUGCCUUGUCGGCCAAUGCGAAAAAGAUGAUGGCAGUGAUGGAGAAUAUCACCAAACUGGUUCGUGCCAACAAGUUCACACUGGACACA